CACCAAGUGUCUGUGAUGGAGAAGUGGGACAACAGCGCAGGGGCUUCAGCUUUCCACAUGCCAGACUGGAUGAUCCAGUUUGCUGACCAAAAACAAGAAUUCAACAAGCGCCCCACAAAGAUCGGCCGCCGUUCCUUGUCCCGGUCUAUUUCUCAAUCGUCAACAGAUAGUUACAGCUCUGCUGCCUCCUACACAGACAGUUCAGAUGAUGAAACUUCCCCCCGGGACAAGCAGCAGAAGAGCUCCAAAGGCAGCAGUGAUUUCUGUGUGAAAAACAUCAAGCAGGCUGAAUUUGGGCGUCGUGAAAUUGAAAUUGCUGAACAAGAAAUGCCUGCACUCAUGGCCUUGAGGAAAAGAGCUCAGGGAGAGAAGCCGCUGGCCGGAGCCAAGAUUGUGGGCUGUACCCACAUCACAGCCCAGACUGCUGUUCUCAUGGAAACCCUCGGUGCCUUGGGUGCUCAGUGUCGUUGGGCUGCCUGUAACAUCUACUCUACCCUCAACGAAGUGGCAGCUGCCUUGGCUGAGAGUGGCUUCCCUGUCUUUGCCUGGAAAGGAGAAUCAGAGGAUGACUUUUGGUGGUGUAUUGAUCGCUGUGUCAACGUAGAAGGAUGGCAGCCAAAUAUGAUCUUGGACGAUGGCGGGGAUCUCACACACUGGAUCUACAAGAAAUAUCCCAACAUGUUUAAAAAGAUCAAGGGAAUUGUAGAGGAGAGUGUUACUGGUGUCCACAGAUUAUACCAGCUGUCAAAGGCAGGCAAACUCUGCGUCCCAGCGAUGAAUGUCAACGACUCCGUUACCAAACAGAAGUUUGAUAACCUCUACUGCUGCCGGGAAUCCAUUCUAGAUGGCCUUAAAAGGACAACUGACAUGAUGUUUGGAGGAAAGCAAGUCGUUGUCUGCGGCUAUGGAGAGGUUGGUAAGGGGUGCUGUGCUGCGUUGAAAGCCAUGGGUUCUAUCGUGUACGUGACAGAGAUAGACCCCAUUUGUGCCCUUCAAGCCUGCAUGGAUGGCUUCCGGCUUGUGAAACUGAAUGAAGUCAUUCGGCAAGUCGACAUUGUUAUCACCUGUACAGGAAACAAAAAUGUAGUGACCAGAGAACAUCUUGACAGAAUGAAGAACAGUUGUAUUGUUUGUAACAUGGGACAUUCCAACACUGAAAUUGAUGUGGCUAGCUUGCGCACACCAGAGCUGACGUGGGAGAGGGUGAGGUCUCAGGUCGACCAUGUCAUUUGGCCAGAUGGGAAGAGGAUAGUGCUCCUGGCAGAGGGACGCCUGCUGAACCUGAGCUGCUCCACGGUUCCAACUUUUGUGCUGUCCAUCACUGCAACCACCCAGGCCCUGGCCCUGAUAGAGCUCUACAAUGCACCUGAAGGACGCUACAAGCAGGAUGUGUACCUGCUUCCGAAAAAAAUGGAUGAGUAUGUGGCAAGCCUUCAUCUCCCAACGUUUGAUGCACACCUGACAGAGCUCUCGGAUGAACAAGCAAAGUACCUGGGGCUGAACAAAAAUGGACCUUUCAAACCAAACUACUACAGGUAUUAAUUCCCUGUGACGGUAGCUGGACGGAUGGGAAAGAACCAGGAUCUCUCUCUUGGCUACUGUACAGGAUGAACCAGGACAAGCUUCUCAAUUUAGAACCCAGCUUGCUGCCGUAGUACACCGCGUGUGUUAGGUUAUUUAUUUAUUAAACUAGAAUACUGUAAAUGCA